AUGCCCGACGAUUCCGCCUCCGUCCCUAGACUGCCAGAAUACUACUUGAAUGCACACGACACACUCUGCGCGGGGAUGCCCGCUAUAGUGCGCCGCGACAACUUCCUCUAUACGACAGCAAAAGCUCCGACGAUCACGAAGCAUUUCGCAGGCAAGCUUGGAAAGUGGCCUAGCUUCAAGUCGGAAGUCCUGCGAUUCUACCUAGAGGAACAAAUGCAGCGCGCCUUCGCCGACUGCGCUUCUAUGCCAGUGUCCAUGAAUCCGAGAAUCGAGGACGUAAACCCCUACGCUAUGACGAAAGAACUGUUGCAGUGCGGUGCAGAGAUCUCCCUAUCUGGCAGAUUUUUUCAGAAUGCUUUGGACCAUGUCAUUCAUGCUAUCGAGACGAUCGUCGCAGGACAGAAAGGGCCCGUCCAAGCUGAUCGCCAAAGAAAGAGGGGCCUAGAGCCGGAUACUGUGCUGAAUAUUAAUUCCGACGAGCAUGAAGUCCGCAUGAUCGGGGAACUCAAGUUUUGCGUCACUGUCAACUUGGAGAAAGCUAUCGAUCUGUGUGAUCGUGGCGCAAAUCAGAGCUUUCAUGCAAUUCUCGGGCAAGUUGUGGCUUACAUGAUCGCCUACGGCGUGAAGUAUGCCUUUCUCUCGAACUACGAACAAACUGUCUUCCUCAAGUUGGAGACAGUUACCAAGCAGAAUGGAACCUCGGCGCCUGCCAUUUAUUACUCCGACAUUAUCCAGUUCGGCGAAAAGCUCAAUGUAAAAGCGAAGACAGCAUGCGUCGACAAGAAAGAAGACUGGCAAAUCCCAGAAUCGGUCCAAGAACUUGCGCGCAAGGGGAAAUGGAUUCGAGAAGAGAUGGCAACCCCGAAACACCUCAUCACGCCGCUCCCCCGUCUGGACAUUAACCGCUACUUUAACCUUCCGGCGUCGCCCUCCCCUCCAGCCAGACAACAACGUCAAGGUACAACAAUGCAUUCUGUACAGAAGGACGCCGGUAGACGGAGCCGCCAACCCGACAGGCCAGCAUCGCGGCAGUUGGCAAGUACUGGGUCACUGCCAGCACCCGGAUCCAGUUCAGCAGCCACCGUGCAGCAAGCUUCUUCGCCUGGACGUCCGGUAGCUACCCGUACCCGUGCUGCAAUAGCGCGCGAUGAGGAGCAGACGCGAAAGAAUACAUAG